ACAUUGACUAUCCUUCUCCUCGUGUGCUCCUUGAGCACCGUAGUCCGAGCAGGGAUGAGAGGGCCGAUCAGGACGGUGGUGGUGGUGGUCAUGGAGAACCGGUCGUUCGACCACAUGCUGGGGUGGAUGAAGCGCCUAAACCCGGCGAUCGACGGCGUGACGGGCGCCGAGUGGAACCCGGCCAGCACCACGGACCUCUCGGCUGGACGCGUCUACUUCGGCGACGGCGCGCAGUUCGUGGACCCGGACCCGGGCCACUCAUACCAGGCGAUCCGGCAGCAGAUAUUCGGCUCCGACGACGCCACCGGCCCGGCGAAGAUGAAUGGGUUCGCGCAGCAGGCCAUGUCAGCCGGCGGCCGCAACAUGACGGACGCCGUCAUGAACGGCUUCGCCCCCGACAGCGUCGCAGUGUACCGGCAGCUCGUGGAGCAGUUCGCCGUCUGCGACCGGUGGUUCUCGUCCGUGCCUUCCUCCACCCAGCCGAACCGUCUCUUCGUCCACUCCGCCACCUCCGCCGGCGCCACUAGGAACAACCGCUUGUUGCUUGCCAAGGGGUACCCGCAGAGGACGAUCUUUGACAACAUCCACGACGCCGGCCUCUCGUUCGGCAUAUACUUCCACGACGUGCCAACGGUCCUCUUCUACCGCAAUAUGCGGAAGCUCAAGUACCUCCUGAACUUCCACCCCUUCCACAACAAGUUUAAGGAGCACGCCAACCGCGGCUCCCUCCCGAACUUUGUCGUUGUCGAGCAACGCUAUAUGGACUCCAAGGACCACCCGGCCAACGACGACCACCCUACACAUGAUGUCUACCAGGGCCAAAUGUUAAUCAAAGAGAUCUAUGAGACGUUGCGUGCUAGCCCCCAGUGGAAUGAGACGCUCCUGAUCAUCACCUACGAUGAGCACGGCGGGUUCUUUGACCAUGUGCCUACGCCCGUUGAUGGUGUGCCCAGCCCUGACGACAUUGUGGGUUCAGCGCCAUAUAACUUCAUGUUCAAUAGGUUGGGGGUGCGCGUCCCGACCAUAAUGAUCUCUCCGUGGAUUGAGAAGGGAACAGUUGUCCAUGGGCCGAAUGGAAGUCCAACCCCGACAUCACAAUACGAGCAUUCCUCGAUUCCUGCAACAGUGAAAAAAUUGUUUAAUCUGCCGCAGGAUUUCCUUACAAAAAGAGAUGCAUGGGCAGGGACCUUUGAAGGUGUUGUGCAAACCAGAACUGAACCAAGAACAGAUUGCCCAGAACAACUAUCGAUGCCAAUGAGGAUACGUCAGACAGAGGCAAAGGAGGAGGCGAAGUUGAGCUCGUUCCAGCGAGAGAUCGUGCAGCUGGCGUCGGUACUGAAUGGUGACCACCGGCUGAGCAGCCUACGGGACAGGAUCAAGUUUAGGAUGAACGUGAAGGAAGGCACGUCCUACAUGAGGACUGCCGUGCGCCGGUUCUUCGAGGCCGGUAUGUUGGCCAUGAGGAUGGGCGUCGACGACGUUGAGCGGAUCGUCAAGAUGAGGCCCUCCCUCACAACUAGGAUCUCCUCCUCCCCUACUGUCGAAGACGACAACCAUCCAUAG